CGCUGCUGCGUUAACAUUAGCGCUGUGCUCGUACUACACCGGUGUCCCGCGGUCCGGUUCUGCUGCAGUGACCCGAACUGACCCACAUCAUCAGUUGCUUAGUAAAGGAACAGCACACCUCUCCUCAACAAGCCGCUUGAUUUGAGAUAAAAUGGCUGUUCCUCCAGCAUACGCGGACCUUGGAAAGGCUGCGAAGGAUGUUUUCAAUAAGGGCUACGGUUUUGGAAUGGUGAAACUCGACGUCAAAACCAAGUCUGCAAAUGGAGUGGAGUUCAAAACGUGUGGCUCAUCGAACAUGGACACAAACAAGGUCGGUGGGAACCUGGAGACCAAGUACAAGUGGGCCGAAUACGGACUGACGUUCACUGAGAAGUGGAACACGGACAACACGCUCGGCACGGAGAUCACUGUGGAAGACCAGAUCACUAAAGGACUGAAGCUGACCUUUGACACGACCUUCUCACCGAACACUGGCAAGAAGAGUGGCAAAGUUAAGACGGCCUAUAAGCGUGAAUAUGUAAACGUGGGCUGUGAUGUGGAUUUUGACUUUGCCGGUCCUGCGAUUCACGGAGCCGCUGUGGUGGGAUACGAGGGCUGGCUCGCCGGCUACCAGAUGACCUUUGACUCCGCCAAGUCCAAAAUGACCCACAGCAACUUUGCAAUCGGAUACAAGACCGGUGAUUUCCAACUGCACACGAAUGUAAACGAUGGCACAGAGUUUGGCGGCUCUAUUUAUCAGAAGGUGAAUGAUACCCUGGAGACGGCGGUGAAUCUGGCCUGGACCACCGGCAGUAACAGCACACGCUUCGGCAUCGCUGCCAAAUACAUGCUGGACUCCAGCGCGUCUGUCAGUGCUAAAGUGAAUAAUGCCAGCCUGGUUGGAAUUGGCUACACUCAGACAUUAAGACCAGGAGUGAAGCUGACUCUAUCUGCCCUGGUGGAUGGAAAGAGCAUCAACGCUGGAGGCCAUAAACUGGGUCUGGGACUCGAGCUGGAGGCGUAACACCCAACCCAUCCCAUUCGCCAGCAGACGUCUGCCAUUGUGUAUUUCUGGCUCACGGGAAAUAUCUGGAUAGGGAAGCUUGUGAUAUCCAGACAUGCAUCUGUUUGCUGAUAGAUCACAGUCACUCCUUCAGUUUAAACUGAAUGCUGAAGCCAAAUCUAAACAUUGUGUGAUGUCUUAUAUAUUUGCUGUAUACUAUCCUGAAAUACAUCUCUCCCCAAACCAAAGCUUCCAAUCUGUAAUGGCUUUCUUAACAUUAUCAUCCUGUUCAUUGUGAGAGGAGAUGAGCAUGAUGUUUUGAGUGUUUAAAGGGACAGUUCGUUCAAAAGUGAAAAUUCGGUCAUUAUAUACUCUCCCUCAUGUCGUUCCAAAUAAGAAUCUUUACGCAGCUGCUUUCCGUAAAACGACAGUUCAUUGUGACCACAAUUGUUAAGAAGAAAAAGCACCAUAAAAGUAGUCCAUAUGUCUUGUGCACCAAAUAUUUAAAGUCUUCUGUAGUCAUACAGUAGCUAUGUGUGGGGAACAGACUGAAAUUUUAGUCUUUAUUCAAUGAAAACCUUUACCUCCACCACAGCUCUCAAAUAUACAGAUCCCAUUUCCCCUGCAAUACCUUUAUCCAUCCCGAAAUUACAAAAAUCAACCAUGGUAACCUAUGGUAUUUGUAGUAAAACCAUAGUAAUAAUACAGGUAAUCCAAAACUAUGGUAAUAAAAUUAUUAUUCUGCCAAAAAAAAAAAAAAAAAAAGUGGUACCUACAGACCACUAAUUAACCAUGGUGUUAUUAUAGUAAAUCUAUAGUUACUGCAUUAAAACCAUGGUUAAUGUUCAUAAGGGAUGAACAAAGGUAAUGUGAAGGAAUGCAAAACUAUUGUGAGGGAAAGCAAAAAAAAUAUCACGAUUAGAUGAAAUAAGUCUCAUGAAUGUCCUGCGGUUCUCGCAAUAUUCGUUCUCAUGGAACCGAACACGACACAACAGUUCAAAUAUCUAUAAUCCUUGGAAAAAGGUGCGUAAAGAUUCUUAAAACAUUCUCCUUUUGUGAUCCAAAGAAAACAAAUGACUGCGUACGGGUUUGGAAUAACAUGAGAGUGAAUAAAUAAUGACAGAAUUUAUAAUUGAUUGUUGAAAUGUUCCUUGAAUAUUGAUUUGAAUGGACAAUCAAUCUUCUCCUGCUUUAGAGAUUACCAGCACCUUGGAAAAUCUGCACAUGAAAGUGUUUUAUUCCUGCUGCAUUUGUGUGUUGAUUUCUGGUGUGGCCGUUGGUGUUAGUCAGCUUUAUCGUGAUGUUAAAGCGGGUUCUCUCAGUGUGAGAUGUUUGGAGAUCCUAAACUGUGUCUUGUCUGUACACAAGAAGACCCGAAACACUCGAAUAGAUGUGUAUGAGGGCGACGUAAACCGCGCAAGCACUCUUGUGUGUCAACCUUUGCAAUAAAGUCUUUAAACUGGA